GUUAUCAUGAUUGUAGACAUGGUAGGGUAAAAGGGUAGCAAGGCAGGGUAGAGACCUAAUCUUCAUCGUGUGUAAGAUUUGUUUGAAGAUGUAAAGAUUUUUGUUUUUAUGAAAUAACAUUUAGAUUAACUUAAGUAAAGCUGAGAGCGGCAUCUCAUUAUAAAUUACUCUUCAUAGACUUUUGGGACAACCUCGUCACCAUGCCCACAGUCAUAGUGUUGGACGUUUCUUUAUCCAUGUCACUACCAGUGACUGUACCAGACUCUAAUGAAACGUUUACAAGCCUACAGUUAGCCAUUCAUGGGAUAAACAGCCUUCUGGACUACCUUUCGUUGUAUUCCAAGCUGGAGUUUGUUGCUCUGAUGACAUACUCUUCUUCUUAUGAAGUCCUGUCAACUUUCACUAGAGAUUUUGAAGUGUUGAAAAGCCGACUUGCCCAAUGUGAAGAGCAAGACAAAAGCUGUUUGGUGCCAGUCUUGACCGGAGUCAACAAAUUAGUGUUGGGAGAAUGGGGAAGCACUACCCCUUGUCAGGUAGUUCUGGUAACCAAUGGAGCAAGUCGUCGUCAUUCGGAACUUGAAGCUCUCAGUAAGAUCGGGCCGUUUGCGUCACCUUUGCCGUUUGCUUUCCCAGGGAAAUUGUCAGUGGUCGUUGUGGCACCUCCAGGUCCGACCAAUCCAAUAUUGUCUCAGGUAGUCAGGUUAUCUGGAGGAGAUGGUUCUGUGAUGCAAGUAGACUCUUGUCUCUCGCCUCAGUCAAUUUACAACCUGUUCCAACAACUAGCCGAAAAGAACUACGCUUCCUUCUGCGGCAUGUUGAAGUGCGGAAACCUCAGCUCCAAAGUGAUAUUGUCUCCAGCACCUAUGCCCUACACAAAGAUCACUGACUUUGAUUGCCAAACGUACAGUGUAGGCAGUGAGGUUGGAGUGUGUGGCUUUAUAGACAUGGCUCACGUUGGUAACCCUGCCGCUGUGUCUCGUCACCUCGUACUGCCCUUCCCUCCCUCCCCCUCUCCUGCCGCAGCUCCUCCAAUCAAACAGGAUAGCUCGGAUGACGAGGACGACUCGUCCCAUGAUGAGGGGAAAACUCCGUCUUUCUGCGUUUUACUGCACGGUGCACUCAAGGUAGAGAAUAUGGUGGCGUUAUGUCAAGUAGCCCCAGAAUGGUACGGUUUGCUCUACUCCUGGGCUGACUCCAAGAAGAAGUCUAACCUGAUGCUGACUCUGCUAGAGCCUGGUAACAACCCAGUGCCUUGGUUAGGAGACAUUACACAGCUGGGGACAGCAGAAUCUGAUAAACUAAACCCUGAGGAAACAUUUCCUGUCAAACCGACAGAGAAACGAAGCUACUCACAAAGCAAUGUAGUUUGGAUACGUCAAGCAGGGCUACAGUCUGACAUACAAAAGAUAUUACGUCACGCUCGGAAACUGCCAGAAAAAACACAGCACUUCUACAAGGAGCUGAACCGUGUGAGACGUGCUGCCAUUUCCCUCGGGUUCAUCUCGCUGCUGGAUGGUCUGGCGGCCAUCUUGGAGAGAGAAUGCACACUGCUCCCUGGGGGAGCUCACCCGGACUGUGCUCUACAGUUGACUCACGCAGCCAACGUGCUGCGCAAACCGUUCAGCAGGGACCCCAAGUUCAGCAUAGUGCCUAUGCGCACUCGCUUCCACGAGGGGGACAAUUGGCUAUUUCAACCUAAACCACAAACUGGUGUUAAAGAAAACUUACCUAACCCAAUUUGAAUACAUUUUAUGCAAGUUGAAAAGUAUGUUGGUAUGGUAAAAUCUUUUUAUUGGCUGGUGAUUUACAGACUGCAGCGCUCAUGUUUUGUACAGUUGUAAAUAUUGUAUUUCAUGUAUAUCGUUUGUGUAAAUUUUAAGUAUUUACAUUUUAUAAGUAAAUAUAAAAAGUCUAGCGAU